AUGGACAAGAAGUUGAUUGAUCUCAACCACGAUAUCCACACAUAUUUGUCACCGGAUUUCUAUCCCUAUAAGACAUUCAACGGAUCGGCGGUUAAUAUAACAGUUCGGGAAGUAAUUUAUUCAAACUAUGGUUACGAAAUGGUCGGCGCUAUCAUUGAAGCCGUGCUUAACAGCACUUAUGAUAAAGAAAUUGAGAAAAUGUUUCGACAAUUGAAUAUGAAUUCAACGUUUGCUGAGAAAAGAGAAGCGAUUUAUAAACACAGACCACAGUAUUAUAUGAAUUCAACUAAAUUAGAGAAAUCAGAUAUAAUCGACGAGUUGUGGUCAUACGAGGGCUGGUGGCCGGCGGGUGGCAUCAUAUCGACUGCCAGUGAUUUAAUAAAGUUUGGAAACGCAAUGAUAUCCGCAAAUAAAGGAAUAUCUAAAGAUUUCUUAAGUGAGAAAACAGCCAAAGAGUUGUGGACUCCGGAGACUAUCGGCAAAAUUAAACCCAAAGAUUGGAUCGAAUUAUUGGGUCCUUUUGAAUACGCCAAAGGAUGGUUUAUAAAGGAUAUUCCGGAAUCAGAUCCCUAUCCUUAUAAAAAGAUAUUGCACCAUGGUGGUAAUCUCUUUGGCACUACAACUCACCUUAGUGUAUUUCCCGACCAGAAUAUAGUGGGCGUUGUAUUUAGCAAUAAAGGCUUUACCGAUGGUUUGGAUCUAUUAAUUCAAAAUGUGGCCAAAAAUUUUAAGCAAUUUUUGUAG